CGUGUCUAAACACUCAUUCAGAAACUUCGCCCUUCCAAUAUCAUCAAAGGUUCGGUCAAUACGAAACAAAUAUCGACCCUAAGGAGUGUCAUCGCGAGCUCAUUCCGACGCUCAUGUUGACAACCAGAUAAUCAUCCACGCACACCAUACCAUACAUCCUGCAGUCUCCAAGUACAUGGCAGACAUGCUCUUCUCAUCUCCACGCCCCUCAUUGUCGCUUUGGCUUGUGACAGCCACUCUUCUCGGCACUACACUUGCGGCAGAACCACAAUACGUCGCGGCAAAGAUUGGUGGAAAGCGGUUCCGAGUGAGGGACGACAGACAGCCAUCGCUUUUCACUACGGAUUUCGGAGAUUGUCUGGGGCGCAGUGUCAUUGAUGUUGCUCGCUUCAAUGCUGCAUACUACAAGGACAACAACACAGUGCUCUUCCAUCUUGGUGGUCAUGCAGCUCUCACCAACGAAAGCAUCAUGAUGUCCAUCGGUGUUUACGCGUAUGGACAAACCCACUUCAGUUUACUCUUCGAUCCUUGCAAAGCUAAUAUAUGGAGUGCCUGCCCUGUCGAAGCCCAUACCCCAAUCGAGGUCGCGGGAAUCAUUCCAGUAAGCCCGGCUGACGUAUCUGGUAUCCCGGACAUUGCACUGAGCAUUCCAGACUUCGAAGGUGAGGCAAUUCUUCGGAUAUUCUCAAAUUCUACACAAUCCGAGAUUGCCUGCUUCGCCGCACAGAUUACAAACGGCAAUACGUUUAGCCACCCGGUUGCCGUUGGUUCCGUGCUCGGGGUCGUGACAUCUAUUGCCGUCCUGUCAUCGUUCGCUACAGUUGUUUAUGGAGACAACAUUCGUCUUAUGCGCAAACACUACGCACACUCAGUAUCUGUGUUAGUUGUGUUUGCUGUAUGGCAUCAUAUCUUCUACAGCGGCGCUUUGCCGAUGAACUGGCCGAGCGUACUCGUCGCAUUCCGGAGCAACUAUGCGUGGGCUGGCGGCAUGAUAUACUCCGACCACAUGCAAAGUACAAUCAACACCUUCGUCGUCUCGGGCAAAAGGAACAUAUCUCGAGUCCAUGGCACAGAGAUUGGCGUGGCAGAUACAAAUCCUGAUGAACGAUACAACAUCGAUAAGCGACGCGAUUUCCCUGAGGCCUUCAUCAUCCCAACCUGGGGCGAUCAAGACGAGAAGAAGACUUACGAUCGCCGCUUCAUGAGUACACCUGUAAAACAGGAGCGUAUGGGCGCCAGCAAUGGAUUCAAAUUCCAUGGACAGCUAGUCAAGCCAGGUCUACCACUACCAGGAAACUAUUCCGGGUUUGCAGGAACUCUUGCUCAUGAGCGCAUUCCAGCAUCCAGUGCAUUCCUGACUGGAUUUAUCUGGUUCCUCAUACUUAUCACCUGUGUCGCUAGCUCUGUCGUUGCUCUCAAGCUCAUUUUGGAAGGCUUGAGUAGGAUGAAGCUCCUCAAACAUAACCGCCUGGCAAUGUUUCGAGCACACUAUCUUGGAUUUGCGGCAGCUGCUGUACUUCGCACUUUGUUCAUUGGCUUCUUCGUCAUGAUGUUUCUCACCAUGUCCCAAUUCUCCUACCUCGCUUCUCCCGAACCUGUGGCUAUUGCAUGUGUGGUUUUUCUCACUAUGCUCGUUGGUUUGGGCGGCUUGGUGGGAUACGCUUGCUUCUACAAGCUAAAGGUCGGCGACUACGUGUCUGAGCCCGAUCGUCUCAUUGUACAGAAGGGCAAAGCUUUCGGGUUCAUCCCGUGGUACUUUUUCUCGCGCGAAAGCAGGUCUCCACGCUCCGAAGACAAAACGUAUGUCUGCUCCAUGCGAUGGUGGAAGACAUGGACAGUAUUGGAAGAGAAGUCCAUCCACGAGGACGAAGAUUAUACGAUGAAGUUUGGAUGGUUGGCGUCACGGUUCCGAAGGACUCGUUGGUGGUUCUUUGUGAUAUGGCUUGUCUAUGAGUUCAUACGAGCUUGUUUCCACGCUGGAACUGCCGUGAAGCCUAUGGUCCAAGUACUUGGUCUCAUGGCUGUGGAAAUCAUCGCCUUUGCAAGCAUGAUAUGUCUACGUCCGUUUGAGGGUCAACGUUCAAACGUUAUCGUCGUAUACUUCCUCGGAUUUAGCAAGGUCUCUACUGUCGCGCUGUCUGCGACAUUUGAUGCGCAGUUCAACUUGCCACGCAUUCCUGCCACUGUUGUCGGAGUUCUCAUUAUCGUCAUACACGGUUUACUGACAAUUGUCACUGUCAUCUUUGUCUUUGUCGGGGCCGUCACGAGCUACAUGUCUGUCAUGCGCAAUCGCGAAGAGAUGAGACCAAAAGGUUGGAACUCAAUACGCAGGAAAUAUUUCGAGCAUGUGGAUUUCAGAUUACUUGAUCUCCCACGGCCAUCACCCAUCCCGCCCAAACCGAUACUCGAAAGGCCUCAAGAACCAUACUUCAACGUCAGGGCUGUGAAGAGAUUGGCCAAGGUCGAAGACGAAGACAUCGAGUUCAUGCAAGAGAUUUGCAGCGAUCUGUCCACAACUGAACUGCUCUUAUCUCGUCAAAACACAGACGGAGUGAGAGAUCCCUUCCUUCAGCGUGGUAGAGCAGAUAGCGUUCAGUCCCAGCGGUCAUACUCCAGUCUGCCGAGAGGUGCCCGUCUGCAUCGCGCCAGCUGGAGCACACACAAUCUCGCCCAGUCUUACCCUGCCGGACGUCGCAGGACUAUGAGUAACUCAAUGGUCUACACGCCUGAUGGUCUCAAUUGCCCUAGCAGUAAGGCUCUUCCACGAUCCGACACUCAAUUCGGUAGUCUUGAGGAUCCUGCAAGACAGCCCAGCCCGCUUACUCCCGACAACAGUCAACCGCGUACUCCUUCGUCGGCAGGAAGGUGAUCGCGGAGCUUGAGUGAGUCCCCCAGAUUGUGUCCAGGAAUGUGCAAGAGAAUCAUCACACCAUACCGAAAUUUGUAAUACUUUCCCUCUUUCGUGUGAAGGAGACAUUGGUGUUGGUGGACAGGGUCCGGGAGUGUGACAUGGUCAAGAUUCUUGGUCAAGACCAGCAGUUGUAUGUUUAGUAUUCGAAUGAGGUCGGUGGUAUUAA